AUGCAGCAGGCUCGUCUCAUGCUAGACCCCAUCAAACAGGAGCACGAGCGGGACGAGUCUGACAUCUUCUUGGAUCAACCUGCAAAGGACGAGUAUGCCGGGGCAGAGCAUGCCGUCCUCUUAGAAAAGCCCUCUUCAUGCAACAGUCGCUCGGGUGUAACGUCCCCACGUGCAAAGCCAGGUCGAUCGUCGCGUAGAAGCAAGGGCCGCAAAAGGCCCGAUGGCCGAGCAGCCGAGCAACUUGGUGCAGGCAAGCGUGCUCGAUCUAGCUCCCCGACAGUAAGCCAGGCCGAUGAAGACGAAGACGACGAUGCCGAGCAAUCCGACAAGGACCGCCCAAAGUCUUUCCAUUUCUUCAUCGCCGAUACUGACAAGUUUGCCAUGGCCUACACGCUCCGCUUGGAACAAUUACAACAGCUGAUUUGUAAGAUGAUGCUGAAGUCCUGGAUCAAAGUCGUCGAACCAAAGAAACAGGCAAAGUACCCAUACAACACGCAGAAGAUUAAGCGAUCCCAGAAACAAGCGCGCACCAGCAAUGCAGAGCCCGAGAUGCCGCAAAAAAUCCCUCCAUGGUGGCCGAUAGACGGGGUACGACACAUAGAGCCUGAUCAUCUCUUGAAAGAAGAGCGGCUGAAGCUUGGUGUUCAUCUGCUGCGGAUAGGACAUCCUGGUCAGAUGUUUGACCCCGGCGAUGCAGCACCCUACUGGACCGAUAAGCUCGAGGAUUCAACUCGAGACUGCAACCUCCAGACAGAGGAAGGUGAGCGGGGGGUGGAGAAAGGAGCAGUUCGAGGGUCGCUAUUAAAGACACUGUACGACUUCGCCCGUAUGGAGGAGUCGUAUCUUCGCGGCGAAAUGGAUGCCGAUACCCUCGUAAGUGUUACGGAUCUAAAGAAGAACCCUUAUCAAGCACAGCGUGCCCGUACAUCGGCGGGCGCCAAGGACAGCCCCGUGAAGAGGCAAGCUUCACUGUCUCCGACCGAGCCAGACGAGGACCCGGAAUUGUUGUUUAGCACCGCUCAGUUAGGCUUGCGCGACAAUGGCGCGGCCCUGGAAUUUGAGCAAGAGACCAACGGUAUAUGCUUUGGCAACCUACGGACAUUCGAUCCGCCGGAAUCUCUUCGUGGUGGUGCAGAGCCUGAGGUUGGCCUGGUUCGCUCAUUCGACUCUUCCGCAGCGUAUGACAACCCAUAUGCCGGAGGACAAUCCCUAUCGGUUUCGCGAGCCUACGAUGAUCCGUUGCCUGCAAGGGCCAUGGCACAACAAAUGUACGGAUACGAUGUUAAAGGCGGUCACCAGCCAUGCGGGCUACCUUCCCCGUACUACGCAGUGGAGAGGCAGCCGACCUAUUCCGGCCAACCAUCUCCAAAUCCUUACGGCGCCUGGCAAGUUCCAGCCCAACCCUCUCUUAACGUUGCCCCUACCUCGGCAGCACCGUUUGCGGCUAUGCAGGAGAGCGGCUAUGGACAAUCAUCGCUUGCCGUUACCUGUCCAUUUCCUGGCCAGAUAGAAUAUUCGUAUACACCGGUGCAGAUGUUGUCACCGAAUGACAAUUACCCGUUCGAUGCGAUGUCGAACCUAGGCAUAUCUUCAUCAACCACAUGCGCUCCGCGCGGGUUGGCUUACCCUGGCAUGGUGGACCUGAUGGGUGUGAAAGGCCAGUCACUCGCCCCUACAGGCCACAUGGAUUCGCCGUUCCGAACAGGCUCCCUCAGUCGUCCGAGCGACUCUCAAACUCCUCAUGGUCUUCCGGAUCCAGUUUUGCGUCCGCCCUUCUAA